AUGGACCACAGACUACACAAAGAAGCCAGUGGUUGCCUAUGGGGAGUUCGAGAUCAAGAAUAUCACAGCAGCGGUGCUGGUUACCCAGCCAACACCUGGUGUCGGAUGAUGCAGAGCACCUGGUGUCCCAAUGACUCCUCGCCCAUCUGUCAUGAUGAGAGAACCCCGUUCAGGUCGAUUCAGACGCUGCUGCAUAGCACCGCAGGCCUCUCUCCAUGCCACACACCGCGAAAAAAGAAAAUGCAUAGGGACCAGCGCAUUGAUGGAAUGUUUACCCCAUCAAAGCCUUGGGCACAAAUCAGCGAUGCUGAGACUCAACCUCAAGAGAACUCGCAAUCAGCCUCCAUGGCGAAGGCGGACUCAGCGUUCAACGGAAGGGCAGAUGAUGUCGAGUAUCAUCCCGAAGAUGACACGAUAUCGGAUGCAGAGCGGGAUGAAGACAUAAUUGAUGAGGAAGACGACGAGCGAGGGGAUAGGCUGAUUGCUUUCAAGUAUUUUGUUCAAAAGCCGAGCCAAGACCGGAAAUUACCACCGAGACCCCGCUGCCGAAAGCCACCACCAGCUUCAACUGUUGCUGCGCCUUCUCUUCUCUUCUCGCCUGCAAGCUCUUUCUACAAACCGCUGCCGGUCGGCGCCGCCGCAAUGGACCAUGAACGACUUCAUCGCGACUUCAUUGCACUCUGCUCGACUUCCAUGGCAUGCGGGUAUGCGUUUGCACGCUGCGAACCACUGCCGGUCGGCGCCGCUGCGGGUGUUCAUCACGCUCAUCACGACUCUAUUCGACUCUACCUACGCGAGUACCCGUCCACGACCGUCGAAAGCUGGCCAUUGACUCAAAGAUGGCGCGACUUCAUCGCCCAUCGCCAUCCCAUCGGCAAGCACGACUUCAUGUCCGCUCCCGACUGCAUCGAGAUUGGGAAGCAUGCUCAUAGCUGGCUGGUGAAGCAGGAGAAAGCUGUCAUCGCCGUCCGAUCGCACGACUUCAUUGUCGUCUACGGCCCAAGUCGACCUUGCGAAGCAUGCUUUGGAAGCAUACCUCCACCUGCUUGUAGAGCAAGGCCAUCAUAUAAGAGAGCCCCUUCCAAUUGCUCCAGACUUUCCAUCGCUACAGACUUCCAAUCGCCAUACGCUUCCAAUCAUCUCAGACUUUCAACUACUACACACCUUCAAUCACCACAGCCCUCCAACAUGACCAUCAACUUCCUACCAAUCUUCGACUCCUGGUGCGGCGAAAAUGGUGCUCGCUGGUACCCAUGCUUCAUGAUCACCAAGAGUCGUGGCACCCCAGCAACAAACGAUGGCCACGUCCAGACCGGAAAGACAUGCAAGCACGAUGAUUUCAAGAACCCGCCUCCCAAGGACGAGCGGAUGAGACGCAACGCCGCAGUGUCAGAUGCUUACGAGGCGCGCGAUUUUCAACGUCUGCGCCAUGCUAUCAGACAUCUUCUGGAACUCGUCAUGUGUCCAUCCCACAAGAAAGACUUGGAAUCCGGCAAGAGCAAGGAUGAGGUCCGAGAGUGGGUUGACAAAUUGGCGGAGAUGGUGUUGUGGAGGAAGCCAGAUGAUGCAGUGCCGAAGUUUGACGAAUCGAUUUUUGGGCCUGGGAGGAGAGUGUCGAGGAAGAGAAAGCUGUCUUCAGAUCCUUCAGGCUCUCGAGAUGGACCACAGUGGAAGAUUAUGCGCUCUGAUGCAAAGGCAUCCCCGAAUGCGGACGCUGGCCCCGACUUCAGCAUUUCCAACACCAACUCUGCGAACGGCCUUUCCUCUUCGAACUCCGCGGCGUCGAACUUGGAUGCUCUGUUCCCGGAUCUCUUCGAUACCGCCAACCUUUCCAACCAGUCUUCGAGUGCGUCUUCUUUCAGUUCAGGCUCUCUAGACCCGGCUCUCCUCGUCAACGACAACUCGUCUACCCGGUCCACGAGUGCGUCCUCUUUCAGUUCGAGCUCUCUCGACCCCGCUUUGCGCGGCCCCGUCAACUCUGAGAAUCAGCCGUAUUUCACCCAGAACCUGCGUUCCAAGUCAGCCGAGCCAGCGCCGCCCAACUCACCGGAAGCAUCAUUCACCAACUCCGGCUCGCUGGAACCAGCUGUCCACGACCACGCCAACCAUUUGUCGAACUCUGCAUCACCAUCUCACGCAGACGUCUCACAGCAAGCCAAAUCCACCGGCCAGGCCUCCUCCAGCUCGGACAACUUUAACGCUUUCGACCCGGUCACCUCCGAUCCUUCUGUACACGCUGGCGUUAUCGACAACCUGCCUGUCUGUUCAUUCUGCGGUCGGGACGCGUUCCAGCACCAUAAGCCGCUCUGCGACUUCUUUCAAUCUCAGAGAACCUGGGUCCCUCUCAGCGGCUACUGCUCGUCUGGCAGAUGUGCUGGAGGACCACGAUCUUUCUGCAAUGAAGAUACGUGCUGGGACUUGUGGUGUGAGAACGCUACGCAUCUUCGAUGGUGUGGCACAAUGCACGCUUACACUUGCUUCCGGAACCCAAACAUGAUCCCAGCAGACGACAGCACCAACUCCACGAGUAGCGCCGACGAGAGUCUGGCGCAGCCAAGUGAUAGUGACAGCCACACAACUGCCACCGCUCCCGAAACCGAGGUUCCAGCCGCGAAAGGCGACAGCAACAGUGUCUGUCAUGGUGACAGCGAUGUGGCACAGAUUGCGGAUGAGUUGUGGGACGAGUGGGUGGAGAUUGGAGGACCUGAAAUCAUGAACGAAGUCACUGCUGGCCCCAACGCUGCCGCUCCCGAGACCGAGGCUCCAAUGGCGAAAGACAACAGCAACAGCGGCUGGCUUGGAGGAGAUGUGGGAGGAGUGGGUGCAGAUUGGCGGACUGGAGCUUGGGUGGGAGGAGUGGGUGCAGAAUGGAGGAAUGUAUGGGAAGAGGUAGGAGGAGUGGGUACAGAAUGGAGCAAUGUUCGAGAAGACAUAGGAGGCGUAGAUUCAGAAUGGAGGACUUUAUCUGAUAACGGAGAUCGAGCAAGAUGGGUGGGAAGGAGUUUGAGACAGAAUCAAAGCCAGGAGAGGGCAGAGCGCCAUCGCCCACACAUACCCCCCAAAAGACAGACUAUAGCAUUGCGAAAUGAUUAUACAUCCAUUCAACUCCCCUUUUCCUUAGGAACCUUUAUUACAGACCUAAACACCUCACAUCUCGAUACAUCAACUGCAGGAUGGAGCGUACAAGAGCAGGAAUAG